AUGGCUAUAAGAAAUGACCACGCUAUUGAUGAUGCUUUAGAGUCAGUGGCUCAGGCACUACACGGACAACAAAAUCAGGCAGGUGAUAAGUUUCGUGGGUUGGGAAAAUUCCAGAGGAAUAAUCCACCGACAUUCAAAGGCAGGUAUGAUCCGGAGGGUGCUCAGGUGUGGCUCAAAGAGAUCGAGAAGAUCUUCCGAGUAAUGGCAUGUACUGAAGAACAAAAAGUAUUAUUUGGGUGCAAUUAUUGGAGAAAUACCUUACUGAAGAUGUGCGUAGCAAGAAGGAGAUUGAAUUCCUUGAGAUUAAGCAAGGAAAACAUGACAGUUGUUGAAUAUGCUGUCAAGUUUGAGGAGCUAGUGAAGUUAUGUCCUCAUUACAAUGGUGUAACUAUGGAUGCAUCUAAAUCCAUUAAGUUUGAGAACAGACUGCGGCAUGAGAUUAAGCAGGAUAUUAACUACCAGGAUAUUCAUAGGUUUCCUACUCUAGUGAACAAGUGUAGGAUUUUGUUCCACUCACUAUAA